UAAAUAAAUUUAUGAAACAUAUUUUAUAUUCACCAAAUAAUAUAAUAAAAAAAAAUAAUUUAUUUUCUAGAAUUUAAUUAAUAUAAGUAUAUAUGCUAAAAUCUUUAAAAUAACUUUUUUUUUAAAGUAACUCUAUAAAUUAAUAAAAUGCUGUAGUCUCAACAUUAUUAAUUUAUAUAUUUUUACUGUAUAUCACAUCCUAAAACUUAAAAUGUUAGUAUACAAAAAAAUCAAAUAUUUUCUUAAACAUCUUUUCUAUAUCUCCCUCUUAAUUUAUCAAUUAAAAUAUUUUGACAUUAGUUUUUCAGUUUUUUAGCUUAUGAUAUCAAAAAUAUUUUUUUUAUCAUGACACAAACAACUUAUAUUAAAUCUAUAACUUUUGAAAGUUUGGUAUUAUUUUUAUGUAUACCAUUGUUACAAAAUCAAAAUAUAUUUAAUAAUCUUCUUAAUUUCUAAUGAAUUUCAUCAAUGAAAUUUUUCAAAGACGUAAAUACUUUAUUUUAUCUAAGAUAUUAAAAAUAAGGUUUGUUUUAUUUAUGACACAAAUAAUUCAUAUCCAAUCUAAAACUAUAUAAGGUUGAUGUAAAUUCUGUAUACCGAACUUUUUCAAAUAUUAUUAACCUUAGCGAUUCAAACUCAAACCAAAGUUUUAAAAAUUCAAGUCAGAACUUAAUUUGAUUUCUGAUAAAAAUUGAUGGGAAUAGAUCAUUACAUGACCAUAAAUUUUGGGAAAAAAAAUGAAGAAAACAAAACCCGAUAGAAAUCCAAUUACGUUAUUGUUAACUCCAGAACUAGCAAUAAUAUAUUCUGAAUAUGAUAGCAUGAAUAUAUAUAUACAGAAAAAGAUGAUAAAACUUUGGAAGUACAAAUUGAUAGAAAAUUAAAUGGUAUAAUUGGAGAAAAACAAAUACAGAAAGGAAAGAGAUAAUCAAGGGGAGAACACAAUUUUCCUUUGCCUUCAAAUGUAUUGAAGGGACCUUUUCCUCCCUUCACUUCUCCACUUUCUUUGGGAACACAGAAAAUACUUUCUCUCCAUCCAUUUCUCUUCCUCUAUUUUCUUAAUUAAUCAAUGUCUCUUUUUUUUUCAUAAUAUCCACCUUAUCUCUUCGUUCCAAGACAACAAUUCUCAUGUUCCCACAAAAAGAAACUAGAAUAAUUCAUUAGAAGUUUACUUUUUCCUGUAAAAUUUGCUUCAUCUCCAUGGUUUCCCCAAUCUUCAGACAUGGAAGGUAAGUUGUUACAAUCUCCCUGCCAAUACAUAUACAUACCUACCUUGACGUGCAUACCAAUCUUCUAGCUAGUUUCUUUUCAACAAGACAUGAGGGAGGCUUUUAAUAUUCGUCCAUAUAUGGAUGAUUAAGGACUCGACUCCAAUUGAGAAAGCUUUAAUCUAUAUACAUUGAAACAGGUUUCUCUGACCUGGAAUACUUGUCUUGCCUUAUCUCUAGCAAUGUUGUCGAAGCGCGGAAAGAAGCUUGACUCCUCUGAGGUAGGUACAUGCGAGGCUGCCCUAAGUACAAUGAUAUAUGUAUUUCCAACUGAAAUGUUAUUUUUCUAUUUUCUUGUGCAGUCAAGUCAUCAUGUCUCGUCCUUGGGGCCAAAAGAAUCAGCUAAUCUUACGGAUUAUCCACCAUUAAAUAUCAUUCAUCCAACUCCACAACCACGCAGAGAGAUGCAGAAGCCAUUGUUUGAUCAUAAAAAGAUGGAAAAUCUUAUACAAACAGAGCCUGCUGGGUCCAACAGUCACUACUGUCCUCUCCCCAGUAAAAAAGUCUCAUCCUCCACAACUACACAAAGAGAUGCAGAAGCCAUUGUUCAUCAAUCUCCACAACCACGCAAAGAGAUGCAGAAGCCAUUGUUCGACCCCAAGAAGAUGGAAAAUCUUGUAAAACCAGAGCCGACUGGGUUCAGUAAUCACCACCGUCCUGUCCCCAGCCCAAAAAUUCCAUCCAGUACCACACAAAGAGAUGCAGCAACCAUUGUUCAUCAAUCUCCACAACCACACAAAGAGAUACAUAAGACAUCGUUCGAUCCCAAGAAGCUGGACAAUCUUACAAAACCAGAGCCCGCUGGGUUCAGCAAUCACCACCGUCCUAUGCCCAGUCCAAAAAUCCCAUCAUCACCUGGUUCCAACAUGACCGAGUCACAACUGGUCAAUACAUCAAACUCAAACACCAAACCAAACAACAAUAGUAACAGCAGUAGCAACAUGAGUUCAAGAAAUAACAGCAUCGAGAGCACUUCCUCUAACCCCUCUAAGCCACACACAGGUGGUGACAUCAGGUGGGACGCUGUGAACAUGUUGACCUCUAAAGGAGUCCAGCUCGGGAUCAGCGACUUCCGGCUUCUGAAACGGCUCGGUUAUGGAGACAUUGGGAGUGUUUACCUAGUUGAGCUCAGAGGGACUAACACAUUUUUUGCCAUGAAAGUGAUGGACAAGGCUUCCUUGGUUAGUAGGAACAAGCUGUUGCGAGCUCAAACAGAGAGAGAGAUUUUAUCUCAGCUUGAUCACCCGUUCUUGCCCACAUUAUACUCCCAUUUCGAGACUGACAAAGUCUAUUGCCUGGUCAUGGAGUUCUGCGGGGGUGGCAAUCUCUAUUCCUUGAGACAGAAGCAACCCAACAAAUGGUUUACUGAAGACGCCGCGAGAUUGUUUGCUUCUGAAGUGCUAUUGGCAUUAGAGUAUUUACACAUGCUCGGAAUCGUAUACCGUGAUUUGAAGCCAGAGAAUGUUCUGGUCAGAGACGACGGGCACAUCAUGCUCUCAGACUUUGAUCUCUCCCUCCGAUGUUCCGUUAAUCCAACUCUCGUAAACUCCUCCUCUGGCGGGGGAAGCGGUCGUCCCGUCGGAUUCAUCGAAGAGGAAUCCACAGCCCAAGCGUCCACAUUCUUCCCACGUAUCCUGCAAUCCACGAGGAAGAAUCGUAAGGCAAAAUCAGACUUCGGACUAUUCGUAAAUGGAUCAAUGCCGGAGCUCAUGGCAGAGCCAACAAACGUGAAAUCAAUGUCAUUCGUGGGAACACACGAGUACUUAGCACCAGAGAUCAUUCGCGGAGAAGGACACGGAAGCGCCGUAGACUGGUGGACCUUAGGGAUCUUCAUCUACGAGCUUCUCUACGGAUCGACGCCGUUUAAAGGACAAGAGAACCGCGCUACGCUCCACAAUGUGAUCAAACAAGCGCUGAGAUUCCCAGAUCUCCCCCACGUGAGCUCAGCAGCGAGGGAUCUCAUCAAGGGACUGUUGGUUAAGGAGCCGCAGAAACGGAUCGCUUAUAAACGAGGCGCGACGGAGAUCAAGCAGCAUCCGUUCUUCGAAGGCGUGAAUUGGGCGUUGAUACGGAGUGCAACGCCGUCGCACAUACCGGAACCGGUGGAUUUCACGGCGUUCGCAAGUAAGGGAGAUGGCGGGAAGAAGAGUAACACUAAUCGCAAUGAUCCUGACUACAAUGAUUUUGAAUACUUUUAGCAAUUUAUAAUGACUAUACAUUAUACACCUCCUUUCAAACAUUUAAUUUAAUUAUUACUCUUUUUGUUGUCUUUAUUUAUUUAGAGUUCAAUAUCAAGUGUAUAAAAAACAAGAAUUUAAUUCCAACUAUUUGUAAUUUUGUAUAUAUAUCAAAUCAAAUGCAUUCAUUAUAGUAAUUGAGGGAAAUUUUCUAUUAAAAAAAAGAGAAAUUAGGAUGUCUACCAACCAUUUUUACGCUAUUUUGCAUACUGCCAAGAGACCACCUUUUCGACACUAUUGACAAUUUUGGAGGACACUGAUACCCCUAUGUCCGGGAUGCCUAGACAAAAGCUAUUUAAAAGAUAUCAAAAGAUUUUUUUUACAGGAAUUAUCGGUCCAAAAUUACAAUCCUUGCCAUGUUUAUGAUUCUAUAUUGCAAUUUUUUUCUUUCUUCCAUCCCAUCGUAUCUUCACUGAAGAUCUCUCAACAUCUCUCUUCCCCCAUCCUCUUUCCUCUCAAAAACACCUACAAUCUAUGACAAACCUAAGAUUUUCUAACUUGAGACCAAAUGGAAGACGAUGAACACUGAGCUCCACAACUUCUCAUUCCGGAGAGAAUUUUCGCCGUUCGUGAAGAAGAACGAAUCAGAGUGAGGGUACCAAACUCUCUCUCCCUUAAAUCGCUUUGUUCUUAUUUGUUUAGAACAUAGACCAGUUCCAAGAUCGAAUCGUCUACCUAAAGAACAAUGCUGUAGAUGGAGAAUAACAACUCAGAAAGCCCACCUUGUCUGAUCCUGGAGAGUUUCUUCUCUCUCGUUGAUUAGCCUAUCGGUGUUAGAGUGAUGCCGUACAACGAACCUUUCGCAGUCAGGCAGAUCCUCAGCACCACCGACGCCGACUAAGUUAAAACUCCAAAUGAUAAAGUGAAACCAAAAGAUUAGAAAAAAAUAUUUACAAGUUACUCAACAAUUACAAAAAUAUCUCAGUCCAAAAACUAUUUGAAUCCAUGCUAAAUGUUUUCGUAACCGUCUACAAAAACGGACAUCAUCCGCAACUAAAAAUACAAUAUUUUGCUUAGUUGGAUAAACAAUGAAAACCACAUGCACAAGCAGAUUGUUAAAACUAUUGUCCAACUAAUAUAUUUUGUAAUUGGCUUAACAAAAUUGUUGUCCAGCUAAUAUUAUAUUUUACAUAUCUAAUAUUUUUUAUUGAUAGCUAACAUUACUUUUAGCUGAGCUUUGAAAGUUUUAACUGAUAAUAAUACUUUUAAAAUAUAUAUUUUAGUUUUGUUGAAGAUAAUAUAUUCUUAAAAGGACCUGUAUUUUUUAGCCGAUUAUGUAUAAAAAUGUAAUUAUUUACAUGCACGACACGACACGACAAAAUGUAAUUAGUUACCAUUGUCCGACUAAUAUAAAUUGUAACUGGUUGUUGUCCAACUAAUAAUAUUCUUACACAUCUAACAUUUCUCUUUGAUAGUUAACAUUAUGUUUAACUGAUCUUUGAAAGUUUUAACCGGAUUAUGUUUAACUAAUUUUGUUGAAGAUAAUAAUAUAUUGAAAAGGACAUGUAUUUUUUAGCCGAUUAUGAAUUUAUACAUAAUUAUUUACAUUAUCUACAGAUGAUAUUUCUAAUUGGAAGUUAAAUUUCAUAUAACUAACAUGUAACCAUCAUGUAAUAUAUUAAGUCGUGUAUGUAAUUUUAUAUUGAUAUGCAAUUUUUAUAUUUCAUAGAGUUAAUCAGAAUAACAAGUAAAUAUGUGUUAGCAAUGUAAAUAUGAAAUUAGCCGUCUAUUUUUCCAAUAACAAGUAAAUAAUGUGUUAUCAGUAUAAAUAUAAAACUAGCUGUCAACAUUUUGGUAUUAGCCGCUGUUUUUUUUACAUGAUCUCUGUUUAUAUUUCCUCGAUCUACCUCUUCUCUUUUUCACCCGGUCAUUUCCAUGUUCAUGUUCAAGCAGUCGGCUGAGUUUUGUUGGUACUGAUGCAGUGGUGGCGACUAUGAGCUUGUGGGCUUGUAAAAAGCGGUUACAUCAGUUGUUUGGGAUUGUGGUGAUGAGUGGUUGGGUAUGAUUAAGUGAUUAUGUAAAGAAAGGAAACAGAGAAAAAAGUACAAAAACUUAUGAGCUCAUGAGUUUGUUUGGAACUCAUAUCUCCCCUGAUUUUGUUUAGUUCAUUGGCAAA